AUGGCGAACAGGCAUUUAUGGAUAUUGGGGUCGCUCACAGUCGCUCUAGCUUCUUUAUUCUUGGCCUUCGAGAAUUCUGCGACCUUUGAGAUUUACCGAUUUUUCGACUCACCCGUUGCACCAAAAUACCUGUUCGGUGCUCAAUCAGGGGUCUGCGAACAAGCGCCAAUCCUGUCGCCAAGCAACACUCAAGUCGAACAAUUUAUUCGCGAUAAAGUUGAAGAUCCAAAAUAUCAAAACGAGAUCAUCGAGAAGCUUUCAGGACUUAUUCAGAUCCCCUCCGAAAGUUACGACGACCUUGGCCCUAUUGGCCAGGAUGAUCGUUGGGAUAUUUUCUAUCAGGUUGAGAAAUACAUCAAAACUAAAUAUCCCACGAUUUUAAAACGUGCCAAACUCGAUCAUGUUAACACACAUGGGUUGAUAUUUACCUGGGAAGGCAGCGUGCCCACCUCGGAGGCGAAGCCCGUGCUCAUGCUGGCGCAUCAGGACGUUGUGCCGGUAAUGGCAGAGAAUGUGCCCGAUUGGACCCAUCCGCCUUAUGAAGGCCAUUUUGAUGGAAAGACAAUAUGGGGACGGGGAUCCACGGAUGACAAGGGUUAUCUAAUCUCAAUAAUUGAAAGUAUGGAUCUUCUAAUGAAGAGCGGUUUCAAACCAAAGCGAACGAUUAUUUUGGCAUUUGGUUGCGACGAAGAAAUCAGCGGCCAAAAUUGUGCUCGGCCAAUUUCUGAACUACUUCACGAUCGGUAUGGAGAUGAAGGAAUCUACAUGAUAAUGGAUGAAGGAUCAUUUGGGCUUCAGACCCAGUUUGACCAGUCAUUCGCCAUGGUCAGUGUUGCAGAGAAAGGUUACUUGGAUGUGGGAAUUAACGUCACAUCUCCUGGUGGACAUGCGUCCAACCCCCCCUGA